AUGGAUCCCUUCAAGAACUCGUCUGAACGCAAGACAGGGUUUGUUCACUACCCCCCUCUGGAUCCAGCUCUUUCUGGAGUUGGUGCUGCUGAUAUGACUUUAGAACCGGAGAGAAUACGCCGUGUAGCAGUUCACGAUACUUUCCAGGCACUUGGUGUUGAGACAUCUGUUUCGACAUAUCGUGACCUGGUGCUCUCUUUGAUCAAAGAUUGCCCGCUCAAGCGUGAUCUUGUUGCUUUCGUCGACACCCCAAGGAAGGCUCUUGGUGAAAACCCCAUUCGGGUGUAG